AUGGCGUUACCGCUGAAGCCAGGCCUGACGCCGGCCGAGGUGGCCUUUCUGUGUGAGAUGGAGAUGGUCACAGUCAUACCACGCCAGCGCCUCGACUCACUCGAACUGCUUGGGGGCCCUACCAAAGCCCUGACACCUCCGUUUCCCACGCCACUGCCUCUAUGGCUUGCCUUGCUACUCAAACGUCAGCGCCGUGCAAACAUUCUGCCUCCCCCCUGGCUCAACCCUGAAGCUCUUUCCGCAAUCCUCGACAUUGAGGUCGACAAUGAAGACCUCUUCUCUCCACCACCUCCUCUUCCUGCAGCCAAAACUAUGCCAUCAGACCAAUAUCUCGAUCAAUCCAGUCUGGAAGUCUCGGCUCCUUUCUUACCAUCAAGCACCUCAAACGCCGCACCAGACGCUUUACCUUACCACUGGCUGGAACUGAGCCACAUGCUCUUGGCACAUGCAUCCGACGACUUUGAGGAAGCCGAUACUGUCAGAGGUUUACUGCGCGACCUCAAGGAGGUGCGUAUGGCCAAGCUCAGGAAAGGUAUAAGGGUUCUGGAUGCUGGCGCUGGCGUGCAAAUGAACGGUGUGGGUGCUCUCGAAAUCGCAGAAUCAAGGUCCUUCUUUGCCGGUGUUGUUGACGGCCUGAGAAGAAUUGGUGCUUCGAGAGAACAGACGCGGAAGGAGAGAGACGCAGAAGAUGCCGAGAAUGGCUACGCUGCGAGCUCAAUCGAUGACCAAGACGAUGACAUGUUAUGA